AUGGGUCCAUUUCACAGAGUCGGCGAGAAUCCCACUCUUGCAUUGGACCGGGACCUGGAACUGGUGCAGUGGCUCGAUUACCUGGGCUUUGACGAGGCCUGGAUCGGUGAGCAUCACAGCGCAGGAUGGGAGACCAUCUCAUCGCCCGAGAUUUUCAUCGCAGUGGCCGCCGACCGCACCAAGCAUAUCAAGCUGGGCACCGGCGUCAUCAGCAUUCCCUAUCACCACCCCUUCAACAUCGCCAACCGCAUGGUGCAGCUUGACCACAUGAGCCACGGGCGGGUCAUGCUGGGCGUUGGACCGGCGCGCUGCCCGGAGACGCCUACAUGA